AUAGGCCCUUCUAGCCCUGCUUAACCCCUGAUGCACGGGGGGACACAGCCCCUCUUGCUGGGGGAUGCUGUGGGAUUCCUGGCACCGGGCAUCCGGGCCGCCCGCUAAAUCCCGUGUGCCUAUCCUGUGCCCCUGGGGAACCGGAGUCCGGCCGCAGGGAAAGAGAAGCGGCGGCCGAGACACUGCAGGGUGCCUGUCGGGGAGGGGGCUGGAGGCCCCAGGCCCGAGGGCAUGGAGCGGUUAGGAGAGAAAGCCAGUCGUCUGCUGGAGAAGUUAAGACUCUCGGACUCCGGCAGCGCUAAAUUCGGCCGCAGAAAGGGUGAAUCUAGCCGGUCUGGGUCUGAUGGGACUCCCGGACCGGGCAAGGGGCGCCUGAGUGGGUCGGGGGUACCUAGAAAAUCAGGGCACUGUGGAGCUACUGGGGGACCUGGGGAUGAGCCGUUGGAGCCACCGCGGGAACAAGGCCCCCUGGACGCUGAACGGAACCUGCGCGGCUCCUUUGAGGCGCAGCGCUACGAGGGCUCCUUUUCCGGGGGACCGCCUUCCACGCGGGCCUUGCCUCUACCUCAGUCAUUGACCCCAGACUUUCGGCUGGACACCACGGCCCCCGCCCUAAGCCCCCGCUCCAGUUUUGCCAGUAGCUCAGCCAGCGACGCCAGCAAGCCGUCCAGUCCCCGAGGUAGCCUGCUGCUGGAUGGGGCGGGGGCCGGCGGAGCCGGAGGUAGCCGACCCUGCAGCAAUCGUACCAGCGGCAUCAGCAUGGGCUACGACCAGCGCCACGGCAGCCCCCUCCCCGUCGGGCCAUGCCUGUUUGGCCCACCUCUGGCUGGGGCUCCGGCGGGCUAUUCCUCUGGAGGGGUGCCAUCCGCUUACCCCGAGCUCCACGCUGCCCUGGACCGACUGUGCGCUCAUCGGCCCCCGGGGUUCGGCUGCCAGGAAAGCCGCCACUCGUAUCCCCCGGCCUUGGGCAGCCCUGGGGCUCUAGCCGGGGCUGGAGUGGGAGCGGCAGGGCCCUUGGAGAGACGAGGGGCGCAACCCGGACGACACUCGGUGACCGGCUACGGGGACUGUGCUGCGGGCGCCGGAUACCAAGAUGAGCUAACAGCGUUGCUGCGCCUGACGGCGAGCACAGGUGGACGUGAGGUCGGUGCCCGUGGGGAACCCUCGGCGAUUGAACCGUCUGGUCUUGAGGAGCCGCCGGGUCCUUUCGUUCCGGAGGCCGCCCGACCCCGAAUGCGGGAGCCGGAGGCCAGAGAGGACUACUUCGGCACCUGUAUCAAGUGCAACAAAGGCAUCUAUGGGCAAAGCAACGCCUGCCAGGCCCUGGACAGCCUCUACCACACCCAGUGCUUUGUCUGCUGCUCCUGUGGGCGAACUUUGCGCUGCAAGGCUUUCUACAGUGUCAACGGCUCUGUGUACUGUGAGGAAGAUUAUCUGUUUUCAGGGUUUCAGGAAGCAGCUGAGAAAUGCUGUGUUUGUGGUCAUUUGAUUUUGGAAAAGAUCCUGCAGGCAAUGGGGAAGUCCUAUCACCCAGGCUGCUUCCGAUGCAUUGUGUGCAACAAGUGCUUGGAUGGCAUCCCCUUCACAGUAGACUUCUCCAACCAGGUGUACUGUGUCACCGACUACCACAAAAAUUAUGCUCCUAAAUGUGCGGCCUGUGGCCAGCCCAUCCUCCCCUCAGAGGGCUGUGAGGACAUUGUGAGGGUGAUAUCCAUGGACCGAGAUUAUCACUUUGAGUGCUACCACUGUGAGGACUGCCGGAUGCAGCUGAGUGAUGAGGAAGGCUGCUGCUGCUUCCCUCUGGACGGGCACUUGCUCUGCCACAGCUGUCACAUGCAGCGGCUCAAUGCUCGACAGCUCCCUGCCAACUAUAUCUAAGCUGUAGUAACUGCUGCUGCCAUCACCACCGUUGACAAAUUCCUCUGCCAGUGCCUCAUGUGAGGCAAAGGAUGUACUUUGCAGGCCUGGCAGAAGAGUCCUUUGGGGAGGGCCCCAAGGGCCAGAGACCCAAAGAUCAUGACAUUCCAAAUGGAUUGUGGAAGAGGAACCUUCCAGUUACCACGAUGGAGUGACUGGCCUUUCCACAUGUGCAACCUAUGCUGUACCAUAUACUUAGGCACACACAGGCAGGUUCCAGUAUACUCUAAAGGUCUGAUUCUAGUCUGAUCUCCAGUAUAUGUCUGUGCAUAAAUGAUGCGAUGUUCUGUUCCUGGAUUAUAGAAAGAGAGGACAUCAUGGGAGCUCCUGACUCUUUUGUGCCCCACACAUGAGGCCAGAUAUGGGGUCAGCCAGGUUCUUACCACACCACAGUAUCUUAUUUCUGUAUCUAGAUAAAGAGGUGGACCUUGUUAAUGAGUUAUUUCUUGGCCACCUCUCUAAGGACUAAGCUGCUCACCUCUCUGUUAGGAGUGGAGACCAGCUCCAGGUGGGCCUGCUGCUUGUAUUGCCUGUUUCUCAGGGACUCAUGUGGGCCUGGGGUGCCUGUUCUUUGUUCCUUUUCUCCUCAGCUGGGGGAGGAGGUAAUGAGUGGGUCUCUGGGUGUGAGGUUGCUGGGGGCGAUGUUUAGGAAGCCUCAGGCUAUCCACGUUCCCCAGGUGUAAGUGCACUGAGCCCUCCCCUCCAGUAUAUGCACCCAUGGGUAUGUUCUCACACACACAUACUCACUUCCCUUCUUCUCAGGUCACUCUUACACUUGGUUGCCUAGCAGUAGCUCACUACUCCAGAGCUGCCACCUUUCAGAGGGAUCCAGGAGUACACCUACUGCAACUCCCAAACUCUGAGGUUCUAGGGAGCUAGAGGGGCAAAACACUUCGAUUUGUUUCUAGUCAUUUUGGCUGAAAUUGGUUCACCU